AAGAGGAGCCCCACCUCCUCAGAGCAAGGGGCUGGCCUGUACUAUUUCUGUCCUUUCUGGGAUUCUUCUGAGAACAGAUUCUUGUUUUCAGUCUGAUUCAGAUGUGAAACUUUUCCUGCGGCCUCUCACCCACUUGCUGUGGGCUGGGUCUCUGCCUCAUCACUCCUUCCCCCAGCCAGGCUCCUCCUGUUCCCCUCCCCCAAAUUCUCUCUGGUCAGUCACUUUUGCUGAGACCUGGAGGAGGAAGUCAGGGACCCAAGAGGGAGCCAUUCCCCUCAGGGGCCCAGGGGGCUCGGGGGCAGCAUUUUGAUAUUCUGAAGUAGGAAACUUUGAUUCCCAUGGCAAGCCCUGUUCCUGUGCCAAGGCGUCACCUCCAAGGCCCCAUCCUCAGGCUGCGCUACAUGGUGAAGCAGUUGGAGAAUGGGGAGGUAAACAUUGAGGAGCUGAAGAAAAACCUGGAGUACACAGCUUCCCUGCUGGAGGCCGUCUACAUAAAUGAGACGCGGCAAAUCUUGGACACAGAGGAUGAGCUGCAGGAGCUGCGGUCUGACGCGGUGCCUUCGGAGGUGCGGGACUGGCUGGCCUCCACCUUCACCCAGCAGGCCCGGGCCAAAGGCCGCCGAGCAGAGGAGAAGCCCAAGUUCCGGAGCAUCGUGCACGCGGUGCAGGCUGGGAUCUUCGUGGAACGGAUGUUCCGGAGAACGUACACCUCUGUGGGCCCCACCUAUUCCACUGCGGUCCUCAACUGUCUCAAGAACCUGGGUCUCUGGUGCUUUGAUGUCUUUUCCUUGAACCGGGCAGCUGAUGACCACGCCCUGAGGACCAUUGUUUUUGAGUUGCUGACUCGGCACAACCUCAUCAGCCGCUUUAAGAUUCCCACUGUGUUUUUGAUGACUUUCCUGGAUGCCUUGGAGACAGGCUAUGGGAAGUACAAGAACCCUUACCAUAACCAGAUCCAUGCAGCUGAUGUUACCCAGACAGUCCAUUGCUUCUUGCUCCGCACAGGGAUGGUGCACUGCCUGUCGGAGAUCGAGGUCCUGGCCAUCAUCUUUGCUGCAGCCAUCCACGACUAUGAGCACACCGGCACUACCAACAGCUUCCACAUCCAGACCAAGUCAGAAUGCGCCAUCCUGUACAAUGAUCGUUCCGUGCUGGAGAAUCACCACAUCAGCUCUGUUUUCCGAAUGAUGCAGGACGACGAGAUGAACAUUUUCAUCAACCUCACCAAGGAUGAGUUCGUAGAGCUGCGGGCCCUGGUCAUCGAGAUGGUGUUGGCCACAGACAUGUCCUGCCAUUUCCAGCAAGUGAAGUCCAUGAAGACGGCCUUGCAGCAGCUGGAAAGGAUUGAUAAGUCCAAGGCCCUGUCUCUACUGCUCCAUACUGCUGACAUCAGCCACCCAACCAAGCAGUGGUCGGUUCACAGCCGCUGGACCAAGGCCCUCAUGGAGGAAUUCUUCCGCCAGGGUGACAAAGAGGCAGAGCUGGGCCUGCCCUUUUCUCCGCUCUGUGACCGCACUUCCACUCUCGUGGCACAGUCCCAGAUUGGUUUCAUUGACUUCAUCGUGGAACCCACAUUCUCUGUGCUGACUGAUGUGGCCGAGAAGAGUGUCCAGCCCAUGGGGGAUGAAGACUCCAAGUCUAAAACCCAGCCCAGCUUCCAGUGGCGCCAGCCUUCUCUGGAUGUGGAAGUGGGAGACCCCAACCCCGACGUGGUCAGCUUCCGCUCUACCUGGACCAAAUACAUUCAGGAGAACAAGCAGAAAUGGAAGGAACGGGCGGCAAGCGGCGUCACCAACCAGAUGUCCAUUGACGAGCUGUCCCCCUGUGAGGAAGAGGCCCCAGCCUCCCCUGCCGACGAUGAGCACAGCCAGAACGGGAAUCUGGACUAGCCGGGGGCUGGCCCAGGUCCUCACCGGGUCCGAAGUGUUCGAUGUCAUCAGCACCAUCCAUCGGGACUGGCUCCCCCAUCUGCUCCAAGGGAGCAUGGACGUCGAGGAACAGACAACCCACCCGAAGGACAAAUGCCAGAGAUUGCGGGAUUGGGGAAAGGGCCUGUCCCCGUCCGACACCCACUGGGGCGCACUUUAAUCUCCCAGCGGCAAGACUGGGGAACUUCAGGCUCCCAGUGGUCACUGUGUCCAUCCCCCCUGCCUCUGGACUCUCCCUAUGACCAGAUGAUCGGCUGGAGGGGAGCUUCCUGGAGGCUUCCCAGGGCCUGAGGGGGAGGGUUGGAGAUGCCAGCCCCCUGGGUCCUCCCCCAUCCUUUUUGCCUCCAAGUUUCUAAGCAAUACAUUUUGGGGGUUUCCUCAGCCCCCACCCCAGAUCUUAGCUGGCAGGUCUGGGUCCCCCUUUUCCUCCCCUGGGAAGGGCUGGAAUAGGAUAGGAAGCUGGGGGUUUUCAGAGCCCUAUGUGAGGGUAGGGGAGUGGGCGCCUUCAGGGCAUGGUACCUUUCUAGGGCCUGGGAAUGGGGGGCAUCCUCUUUACCCCAGACCUGCACUGCUUCAGUCCCAUCCCCAGCCCAGACCCUGCAAUCUUCCCUCUCUCCCAUUCUGAAAUGGUGACCGGGGGAAGAGGAGCCAUUGCCACCAGGGGCUGAGAGGAGGCCUUUCCUGGGGUCCCCAAGGACUCGGGACUGGUCUAGGCCCCUGGGGCUUGUCACCUGCCCUGGCUGAGUCCUGAACCCUUUGCCUCCUUCCUCUCCCCUGGGGCUGGGAGGCUCCCAUCCGACCAAUGUCUGUAAAGUGCUUUGAAGUCUCCCCAGCAAAGCACCUUCAGGAUACAUCCUAUGAGCACAGGCGGGAGAGCUGGGUUGGGGUCAAGGGUGCAUGAGGAGGGUGAGGUGUAACCCAGUAAUCCUGUGCUGCUGACAGAGAGGGUCCCUCCCCCUCCUAGCCCCGGCCCAAGAGGCCCCUCCCCAGGACAAGUGGGGAGUGGUGGGUGGAAGGCAGACAGGCAGGGGCUCAGGGCUGCUGCUCUCGUGUCCUCUGGAGAGAGCCCAGCCAGGCGCCUGCCCCUUCCUCUCCUCAGGCUCCUCUCACCCCGCUUUGUCCCAAGAAGGGCCCAAGUCCAGGUGACUGCCCUCCUCCUGUCUUGUACCAACCACGCAUUUGUACGGUGGGCCCUGUUCCUGUGAAGUCAUAUCCAUGGUCUCUUAGACCUGCCACCUGCCACUUGUCCCUCCUACCCCACCCUGAGUGGGGCAGAGACGCAUGUGACUCACCCGCGCCCUUGGUCUCCCAGAAUCCUGCUAUAGCCAGAGAUCAAUAAAGAAGGGAGACCUGG